CCAGCUGUGCCUGAGCCACCGCACUCGGGACACUGCUGUCUCCUCAGCCACUCACAUCUGGUCACCCUGAUGGCCAAGGUUUCCACUGAAAUGGAUUGGUGGAAGAGAAAUUUCUGGAUCAUCUUAGCUGUGACCAUCAUCAUUGUCUCCACGGGCCUGAGCAUCAUCCUGUACUGUGUCUGUAGGUUGCUGCUUAGACAAGGCAAGAAAUUUGAAAUUGCCAGGCCCGUGAAACAAGAUGAAGAAAAGAUGUAUGAGAAUGUUACUAAUCAGUCGUCAGUUCAAUUACCCCCCCUGCCACCCCGGGGUUUGCUGUCUUCAGAACGUGCCUCCCCACAGGAGACCCCAAGUCCGCCACCAGCUACAUACACCCUGGUAAAUAAACUUAGAAAUAAGAAGGUAAAUUCCAUCCCAAGCUAUGUUGAGCCUGAAGAAGACUAUGAUGAUGUUGCUAUCCCUGAAAAUAUGGAAAAGCAUCACUUAGAAACCUCCAUGUCUCCUUUUUGGCCAGCUGAAGAAGGUUCACACAACUUAUUUUAAAACAAUCAAGAGUGGUUGAAGUUCAGUAGGUACCCAGUCCCGAAAGCCAGCGGCAAUGUUACGAAGCUCUGUAAGAUAAGCACUUCCUGAACCUUAGACACAGGCGUGUCAGCGAUCAGAUGACCGCAGGCAGAGGAAAGAAGCAGAUGCUCAGCCUUGAAGACCCAGAGGAGCCAGACCUUGAGCUUCUGUUGAGCGAGUCCCACGGGGAGGACCUCGGUUCCCUGCUCCUACCCGUGAGAAACCACUCAGUUCUCAGCACUCUUCCUUGUUUCCUUCCCUUGUUUGUGUGGUUCUAAGUGAUCUUAAAUCUUGGGGUUCGAUUGUGCACAACCUCUCGGGUUCCCAUCCCCAGCAUGGCCCUCACUGAGCAAACGGUCUUGUCCCCACCCGCCCCACCCACUUCUCACAUUGAGGGGCUGUGGGUGGUAGUUACAGCUGAGCGCUCUUGUGCGCAAGUAACUGCGUCAAGCCUUCUGGGUUCUUCAAGGGAGGGAGUGCUUUGUGUUCACGUGAACUCUCCCCACCUGCACACACCCACACCCCGGUGCCUCUCUGUGACCUUGGCCAGACUGACCGUGGAAACUCAAGCUCUCACAGGAGGUUUUCUCCUGUGCUCCCCCGUUGCCCCAUAACAGUCAACAAAGGACAGAAGUUACACAAGGAGGUGUCAUUUUGCCAUAUGUGCAUUGCGGGAGCUAUAGGAAAAGUGGGUUUCCCCAGGAAAAAUCAUGGGGAACAAGAAAGAAAGGGAGAUUAAAUGGCAAACUCAAGAUGAGAGUUCAGGGGGCUCACUGGCCUCCCCCAUCAUUUCCAUUACUGCCUCCUCCCUAGGAUAAAGUGCUAUGAGAACAGCGCCAAGCCCCUUCCUUCCAGAUCACUGUUCCCGAGCCACUGGAAGCAGAAACUCCAGUGCGAUGUGCCGCAGUCAAUGAGAUGCUGGGGAAGUGGGCUGCUGUCCGGUAAACGAGUGCUCUCGCUGCCAAGGCCCAGGUCAACUUCGUAGGCUCCUCAACUUCAUCACUUCCUUCGAGCUCAUUUCCUAGAGCCCUAGGACUGGACACUUUCUAACCAGACUCACAAGAGGCUGAUUCCUAAGCAAUCCCUGGGAAAUCCAGAAAAGAGCAGGCUUGCAGGGAGAGCACGAUGAACCGUGAAAAGGCCCAGGCGUGGCCCUUGGACUGAGCUGCUCCUCGAGAAUUGGAAACUGUGUUCCCACCACAGUGAGGCUUCCUCCCUCAACCACUGCUGGACCAGUGGGGACACGUGCUUCCUCCCGGCUUCUCUCUUUCUAGAUGCUGUGGAGACCUCCAGCUGCAUGGUCGUACUUCCUUAUUUCAGGCCAGUGGUUCACUAACUGUGGUCUUAUGGAACUCUGAUAUUCCACCAGCCAGAGAGAGGACUCUUUUCCCAAAUUAUAGAAAAAAAAGAUAAAGGAUAGAAGAAUUUCGCAUGUAUACUCUCCUCUUAGAAAUUUUCUGUAAGCCAUCUGCAUCGAUGACAAAAGUUAAAAACAAAUUCCAGGUAAAUGUUAACUCCUCCUUGGUGUCUGGGACCCCACCGUCUCCUCAUUCUCCUCCUGCCCGUCUGGCCUGUCUCAGUCUUGUUUGGGAGCCCCCUUUCUCUCUGAACAUCUCGUCAAUGCUGGUCUUCCUCAGGAUUCUGUCCCGGUCCCUGCCCUCAUCUCACUCUAAACCCUCAGGAGGGAUCUCACCGAUGGGCUCAGGGCCCCCUCUACUCUGAUGACUUCCAAAUCGCAGACCCCAGCUAGGCUCUCUCUCCCCAGUUGCAGACCUGGCUGCCUCCAGGACAUCCCCAUAUGCUUCUCCCGGAGGCUCCUCGAGUUCAAUAUACACUGAAAAGAGCUGAUCACCUACCCCCAAUU